GAGAAAUAGGAAAAAGGAUGAAGUUUGGAAGGGAGUUUGUAUCGCAGAUGGUGCUGGAAUGGCAGGAAGCUUACAUGGAUUAUAAUUAUCUCAAGACCAUACUGAAGGAUAUUCUCCGUUUCAGACAGCAACGACGGGAGACUACGCAUACGGGGGAGAAAGAGAAGGGUGCUCUGAAGCGAAGAGGGUCCUUGUACAGGGCAUUCAGUGGGUUAACUCGCCAUUACAAGUCUGGCGCUUCCGGCGAUGAUCAGGAUGAUCAAGUGAUACUGGUGAAUGCAGUGCAUGGGGAGGGGUCAGAUGAGCGCUACGAGACCUUAUUCCUCAUGGCGUCGGACGAAGGAGGUGACUUCGAGCUCGUCUUCUUCAGGAGACUUGAUGAGCAGUUCAACAAGGUGAUUAAGUUUUACAAGGUCAAAGUGGAGGAGGUGAUGAAGGAGGUCGAGGGAUUGAAUGAACAAAUGGAUACUUUGAUUGCCCUCCGGAUCAUGAUGGAGAAUCCAGGUCUUUCCUUUGAUGAUGAAUCUGUUGAUUCGAUAUUGAACUGGGAUACGUCUUCGGCGGAGAGAAGGGCUUCUGCUCGGAUGAAUUCCAGAGCUACUCGUCCAGCCCCCAUGGCUGUUAUACAAGAAAUUGAAUUGAAGGGUGAACAGCGUCUGGAAAAUCUGCACGUUAGAGCCACUGAAGAAGCACAAGAGAACAACCACAAGAACAUCGGUGGAGGAAAGAAGAAUAUAACUUAUAACUAUAAAGCACCCCCUGUAGAGGUCUUGAAGAAUGUGAAGAUCAAUAUCAUGCCUGAAACUCCGCGGUCGACUUUGAAAGGCUUCCUCAUGGAUUCCAAGACUGACUUGACAUUUAGCAGGAAGGAGCUGAGGAAUGUAGAAGAACAAAUGAAAGCAGCGUUUAGUGAAUUCUACCAAAAGCUUCGACUUCUAAAAAGCUACAGCUUUCUUAAUCUCUUGGCAUUCUCCAAGAUCACGAAGAAGUAUGACAAGAUUACUUCAAGGAAUGCAUCGAAGACUUACUUAAAGAUGGUAGAUGAUUCUUACAUUGGAAGCUCUGAUGAGAUCAGCAGGGUCAUGGAGAGGGUGGAAACUACCUUCAUCAAGCAUUUUUCAAAUGGAAAUCGUAGAAAAGGAAUGAAAAUUUUAAGGCCACAAGCAAAGAGAGAAAGGCAUAGAAUAACAUUUUCCUUGGGCUUCUUUUCUGGUUGCUCAGUGGCUCUCAUAGUGGCUAUAACCGUGCUCAUACAUGCAAGAAAUAUCUUUAAGAGUCCCGGGCGCGGUCAAUACAUGGAAAACAUGUUUCCACUUUACAGUUUGUUCGGAUUCAUUGUUCUACAUAUGAUUAUGUACUCUGCUAAUAUAUUCUUUUGGAGGCGUUAUCGUGUCAAUUAUCCAUUUAUAUUUGGCUUUAAGCAAGGAACAGAGUUAGGCUACAGAGAGGUCUUCUUUCUCAGUGCGGGCCUUGCCGUACUUUCAUUAGCCGGUGUCAUCUCCAACUUAGACAUGGAAAUGGACCCAAAAACACAGAGCUUCAAGGCAUUAACUGAAUUAGUUCCCUUGGGCCUAGUCGCUGUUGUGAUUCUUAUAAUGUUUUGUCCUUUCAACAUAAUAUAUCGUUCAAGUCGCAUCUUUCUUCUCCGAUGUGCAUUACAUUGCAUUUGCGCUCCUCUCUACAAGGUUACACUCCCAGAUUUUUUCUUGGCAGAUCAGUUUACUAGCCAGGUUCAGGCCCUCAGAAGCUUGCAAUUCUACAUCUGUUACUAUGGUUGGGGAGACUUCACAAAGAGAAUGAACAAGUGCAAUCGCAGCGAUAUUUUCAACACCUUCUCUUUCAUUGUAGCAGUAAUCCCCUUCUGGAUUCGCUUCCUUCAGUGCCUUCGACGCUGGGUUGAGGAGAAAGAUGCAAUGCAUGGAUAUAAUGCAUUGAAAAGCUUGUCAACGAUCAUUGCAGUUGCCAUGAGAAUAGCUUAUGAUUUGAACAAGGGAUCGACUCUAAAGAUCAUGGCUGCAGCCAGUUCAGCCAUUGCUACAAUUGCCACUACAUACUGGGACAUUGUGAUUGAUUGGGGCCUUCUGCAAAGGAAUUCAAGAAAUCGUUGGCUGAGGGACAAGCUCCUUGUACCUCAUAAAGCUGUCUAUUUUGUAGCCAUGUCAGUGUUGGGUUUUUAUGAAGUGUUCUUCCUACACAGAACUGCUGUUACAGCCAUUGUUGCUUGCUUGGAGAUCCUUCGCCGUGGGAUAUGGAAUUUCUUCAGAUUGGAAAACGAGCACCUAAAUAAUGUUGGGAAAUUUCGUGCAUUCAAGUCAGUGCCACUUCCUUUCAGCUAUGACCAUUAAUUACAAUAUUGAAAGGCAUUCGGUAUUCCAGAUUCUGUGUCUGGAUAUUUUGCAGAAUAUGUAAAUAUUUUCUUUAAAAAAGAAGAAAACCCUGACAAAGGUUUUGUAUUUAAAUAUUAUAGGCUCUUAGCAUAGUUUGGUCA